UACACGGCACAAGCGAAGGCAGCGUAGCCGCCCCCAUCAAAAAAGAAAAGAAAAGAAAAUUCCUGUCGACUAUUAGUGCUCCUUAAUCUCGAUUUAUUACUCUUAAUCACUUUCAUUAAGAGAGAGAGAGGAUGGGUAUCGUACGGACGGCGGAGAGCCGCAGGGCGGAGCUGGAGGAGUUCCAUCGCAUGCUUCUCCAGACCGUCGGCCUUAACGGCAGGAGCAGCGGAAAAAAGGUGUCAGAUGACGGGCCCCUUCACGAGGUUGAAGGAGGAGAGAGGCUGGUUUGCGUCACCAGCGGCGUAUCGUACCUCGGUUUUGCUAUCGUGAACCGGCUCUUGAGUCGGGGGUACUCGGUUCGUCUCGCUCUGGAGAACGAAGAUGAUUUAGAGAAGCUGAGAGAGAUGGAGAUGUUUGGGGAGAGGGGCCAUCAUCGAGUGUCGGCCGUGAUGGUGAAACUGACAGAAUUGGAAAGCUUAUGUGAGGCCUUCGACGGCUGUCGUGGAGUAUUUCACACCUCUUGUUUUGCUGAUCCCAGCGGCAUCUCAGGCUAUACGAAAUGGAUGGCUGAGAUGGAACAUCGAGCAUCGCAGACGGUGAUCGAGGCAUGCGCGCGGACCCCUUCGGUCACGAAAUGUGUGUUCACAUCUUCCCUUCUGGCCUGCAUUUGGCGAAGCGAUCCGGUCGUUGAUCUCCCCCCAAUUCUCGAUGAAAGCUGUUGGAGUGAUGAAAGCUUCUGCCGACAGAAGAAGCUAUGGUUUGCGUUGGGUAAGACGAUGGCGGAGAAAGGCGCAUGGAACGUGGCACGUGACAGAGACGUUCAACUGGCGACCAUUUGUCCGGCCCUGAUCACAGGUCCCGAAUUUUACGAGAGAAAUUCCACACCGUCCAUUGCCUACCUCAAAGGGGCUCAAGAGAUGUACAUACGUGGCCUACUGGCUACCGUCGAUGUUAGCAGUGUGGCCCGGGCGCACAUCUGCGUGUAUGAGGAGACAGGCAGCGGGGCAUCUGGGAGGUACAUUUGUUUCGACCGUGUGAUCGAUCGAGAUGAAGAAGCAGCAGAGCUGGGCCAUCAGAUGAGGAUGCCAGACUUGAUAGGCGGUGACAUCACUGCCGACGUUCCUGUUAGGUUCGAGUUGUGCAAUAGGAAGCUGUCUAGAUUAGUGUUGAGACGGUUGCAAUGCUCUGAAGAUGCAGACUCGGGUCUGUGUUGAACCGGUAUGUAUGAAAAUUGUAGUAGAGACCCUUAAAAGGGUAGAGAUGUAGUAGAAUAUGUUUUUGUUUUUGUUUUUGUUUUAAUUGUGCAUUUGGGGUGGCCAUGGGCUGGACCCUGGCAGACCAGACCAGGUAGCCUAACCCUCAGGGACAGUGAUGGGUUGGGGCUUGAAAUCUAGGCCCAGCAUCCAGGCAAAUGAUGAACGCCCUGGUCCAGUCGUCAAGUUCGCAACCAUUAUGAAAAAGAAUGAAAUGGCUUAAGAGACUUAUGAGUGGCUCC